AUGAACAACCAAGGCGUGACUUAUGCAGAACUCCAUCAUGCUAAGGGCUCAAAAAGACAGCAAGUGCAACCUAAGGGCACGAAAAGUUCCAUUUCAGUAACUGAGGAGGAGAUAGCCUAUGCAGAAUUGAAUCUUCAAAAUGCUUCUCGGGACCUUCAAGGGAAUGGCAAGAACUCUCCCUGCAAAGAGAAGCUCAUUGCUGGUAUCUUGGGAAUCCUCUGCCUCGUCUUGAUGUCCACUGUGGUAACAAUAGCUGUUAUUCCCUCUACUGAAGGACCAGAACAGAACAAAACAUCCCUGGAAACAAGGAUCCACAAAGCGUGUCUCUGUUGUCAUUGUCUGAAAGAGUGGGUUACGUAUUCCAACAACUGCUAUUACAUUAGCACUGAGGAAAAAUCAUGGAACGAGAGUUUGACGUCUUGUGCUUCUAAGAAUUCUAACCUGCUCUACUAUGAUGAUGAAGAGGACAAGUUUUUGUCGAAAUUACUCUCUUAUACUAUAUGGAUUAGAGGCUCCCAGAAAAGCCAUCAUAGUUCAUCUGUGCAGCCAAAAGCCUUAACAUUGUCUUCCAAAGUGUUGUCAGUAUCUUCGGAGAGUGACAAGAAAUGUCCAUAUUUCCCUUUUUAUUUUAAAAAAAUUAGGUUUGCACCCUGCUUUGGAACGAGACUGUAUGUUUGUAAGCACCAGGCAUGUUAGUUGCUUCAUUUUGGCAUAAUGCUAUUUCAUCAUUUAUAAAGAAUACAUUUCUCAUUACUUUAACAGCCGUACAAUGAUUUUCUCUGCAUAUUUUUAAGAGAUGGUUUUUAGUGUAAUUUUAGGUUCACAACAAGAUUAAGAGGAAGGUACAGAGAUUUCCUAUAUUGUCCCUGUCUACACACAUCCAUGGACUCUCCCAUUAUCACCAUCGCUCACUAGAAGGUUUCAUUUCUUACCAAGGAUGAGUCUGCAUUGGGACGCCUGGGUGGCACAGUCGGUUAAGUGUCCAACUUCGUCUCAGGUCAUGAUCUCACGGUUUGUGGGUUCGAG